CUCAGAUUUUCUCUCAGCUUGCCUUCUUAUGCAUACCAUGGCCGGCCUCUCUGUGUCUCUCGCUCUCUACUAUUAUAUAUUCUGCCCUUUGAAAACCUCCUCAGUGAGUCACUCCUCAAAGUAAAGCCAUCUCAGAAGACAUGGUUAAACGUCUCAAGCUUAGAUUCCCUCGUCUCAUUGCCUCCUUCCAAUCCAUACAAAUUUGUCGUUCCAGAGACCCUUAUAAUCUCCCAGAAAUUCCAUCGCCGGCGAUUUAUCGGGUGUCUACAGUCAACCAAAGAACAUUGGACACCGUGUACCCUCCCAAGGUACUGGCGCCACCGUCAACACCAGAAUACCCUCGAUCAUCACCAGUUCACGGGUGGAAGAAGGGAGCUCAAAGGUCCGCCGCAGUGGCGGGAGGGCAUGAGUCCAAAACUCGUCGCAAGAAUCACAUCCCGGACAACAAACCGGCGGUUUCGAAAACCAAAAGGGAGAAGAACAAAGGGAAUGUCCGUACUAGCAUUCCUCUCGGAGACAGUAGCAGGUGUAGCGAUAAGGACAUGUCUCUAGAAUUCCUUUGCUCGGCGGAGAAGGCGACGGAGGAAUCCAAGAAGAAUUCGGAGAUGGAGAACGUAAAGAAGGCACGGAGGCUGAGACGACAAGCACUGAAAACCAAAUUAUCAACGGCGGGAUCAUCAAACGCGUCGGUGUUGAGAAGGAUGGUAACAUGCACGGCGAACGGGAAGGUGAGGGAGAGCUUCGCGGUGGUGAAGAGGACGGAAGAACCGUACGAGGAAUUCAAGAGGUCGAUGAUGGAGAUAAUAUUGGAGAAGCAGAUAUUGGAGGCGGAGGAAUUGCAGGAGCUGUUGCAAUGUUUUUUGUCUCUGAAUUCGAGGCUUUAUCACGGAGUAAUCGUGGAGGCAUUCUCCGACAUUUGGGAGGUCUUGUUCUGCGACUCUCCUUGGGGACACCGAGCAUCCGUCGGAUUUUGAUUUUUUUUCAAGAAGACAAUCUAUUCAAUCAAAAUUAUAUAUGUAUUGUUUUAAUUUUUAGCAAAUUUUUUUUUUUUAAUUUCUUUGUUUUUUUUCUUGCAUAUUAUAAUUUUACUUUUGUGAGAAGAAAAUAUGUUGAAUUACUGUCUUUUAGAUGUGAUUUAUUUUUUAUCUUGGCAUUUUAUAAAUUAUGAAAAAGUACAAAUUUGACCCAAAAAUAAUCUUAUAAACUGACAUAAUUUAUUAUAAUCCGUUAAAUCUACUUUAUAAAAUAAGUAACUUUACAACUUGACAAAACACAUCAAUUUGUUAAAUUACUUUUGUAUAAUCAUUUUGUGACUAAAGUAUUUGUCUAAGUUUUGAGAGCAUCUAACUUUUCACAUCAUGGCCACACCCCCAAAGUGG